AUGUCCGGUAGAUUCAACGCCCCAGGAGCUGGCUCCCCAGCCAAGAAAGCGUCCAGAUUCGAGCAGUUCAGACAAACACCAGCAUACCCUGUUUUGGUCAACCUCAGUCUGUUUGUGGCAGGCGUUGCGUUCAUCCAAUCGCCCUUGAUGGACAUGAUGGCUCCUCAACUAUGA